UAAGCUGUUUUUAACGAGUGUUCCUAGGGUACGUCCUCUCCUUCUCCUGAUGGAUGGUCAUUCUACUCAUUAUGGUCCUGACCUUAUCAAGAUAGCAGCUGAAGAGCAAAUUUUAAUAUUUGUAUUGCCACCCAAUGCCACUCAUUUAACACAGCCACUUGACAAAGGGUGUUUUGGACCAUUAAAAACUGCUUGGAAGGCUGUGUGUCAUGAGUUCUGCACUAAAAACCCUGGUCGUGUGGUAACCAGAUACGAUUUCUCUGUAUUAUUUGCUGAUGCAUGGAGAAGGUCAAUGACACAGAGAAACAUUGCAAGUGGCUUUGAAGUAACUGGUAUAUGUCCUUUCAACAGAAAUGCUAUUAAAACUGGCAAUGACAAGCAAGAAACCAUCAGCCGUUCACUGUUAGACCAGACUGGUCUAGCAUACAUACCGCUCUAUAGUCCAGAUAUAAAGAGAACGAGGGAUCAUGAUUCUUCAUUCAAUUCUAGUCUCUUGGAGAGAUCACUUUCAGAGAAUGAUUUAUCGCAAGCUGUCACUCCAAUGCGAAGAGUAAUGCCUAUAGAGUCUUUUCUGAAAACUCCCAGUCAUCCCAGUAGCAAGCCCACCCUGAAGCCUAAAUCAUGCGGAAGAGUAUUGACUAGUGUUGAAUUCAUGACAUGUAUAGAGGAAAAGGAAAGAAUGAAGCAGGAAGCCUUGAAGGAGAAGGAGCGUAAAAGAAUUGCUAGACUUGAGAACCAGAAGGAAGCUAAUAGAGUAAAAGAGUUGAAGAGAAGUGCAAAUUUUACUAUGAGUGAGCACAGGCAAUUCUCUAAGAGGUUUGAAAAUGGGUAUGACAUUCCGGAUGAGAGGUAUGAGUUAUGGGUUCAGUUAUAUCGUCCUAAUAUGACAUCUCAAGAUUCAAAUGCUGAAGAUGAAGACCAAGAUUCCUUGAGUAAUGACACUGAUGAAGGAGAAGAGCUUUCAAUGAGUGCUGCAAACAGUAUAGAGACACAGACACAUACUGUCACAGCUAAUAACAGAGCAAAAAGAGUUGCACCUAUCAAGGGAACCGCUGCUACUAAAGUUGAUGCCUUUGUUACUUCUAAUGCUAAGAAGGCUGUGAGGUCUAAAGAGACAGCAAUCGCUGUACCUACUACUAGGAGUGUUAGAUAUAAAGAGAGAGUUUUACCUAUUGAAGAAAGUGUUAGAGCUAAAGAAAGUGUUAGAGCUAAAGAGACAGUUGAACCCACUACAGAUAUUAGUACUGCAGCCAAAGAGAGCAAUAGAACUAAAGAAACAGAGAGAGUUAUACGUACUGCUAAGGGGAGUAAGGGAAGUGUUAGAACUAAAGAAACAACUGUAAGUCCUGCUAAUGCAACUACUGCUAAGAAAAGUGCUAAAGAAUCAGCUGAUUAUCCUACUGCAAAGAAGAGUGUUCAAAGUGCACAUAGAGUUGAUACAAGAAGGAGUUUCAGAACUAAACGUAAAAUGGAAAGAGUUGGACAAUGUACAGUGAAUAAUGGUAUUGCUAAAGAUGCAAUCCCUCCUACUACUUAUGCUACCAAAAGGAAUGUUAAAUCUAAAGUCAAGUCUGAUUGUUCCCUAAAGCAAUGUUCACAUCCUGAUGAGUCUAAUUGGGUCUUUUGUUGCAGCUGCAACCAGUGGUAUCACUGUUAUUGUUAUAAAAUUUCAUUUCAAAAGGCGAAAUCAAAAAACUUUAAAUUUACAUGUAACAACUGUAAAUAAUAACUAAUUUUAAUAAUAAUCAAUAAUGUUAGGCGUGUCCGUUUAUUGUAGAAGAAGUUAAAUAUUUUUUAUGGUA